AUGAGCCUGGCGGACCAGCUGAGCAGGAGCCGGUUGCGCAAAGUAGACAAGCCGAAGGAGCCACCAUCGCUGCUCAAGGAACUCAACGCCUACUCCACUGUCGACCUCACCAAGCUACGCGCGACCAGCAUCCCCGCACGUCGCUUCGACCCUAGCUCGGACCAGUGGGUCCCCUGUGACCCUGCCUCGAGCGCCGGCACCCUGCCACCGAAGCUGAGGGUCUUGACCUUCAAUGUGUGGAUCCAACAGGACUUCCUUGACCAGAGAAUGGGCGCGCUGGUGUCCAUCCUCGAGCAGGAGAAGGUCGACAUCGCGGCACUGCAGGAGGCCACGCCCAAGCACCUCGAACAGCUCCAUGCCCAUCCCUACGUCAGGCGGCACUUCUCCGUGAGCGGAUUUGAGGGCCAGUGCUCGACCUACAAGACCCUGAUCCUGUCCAAGAUACCCUUCGCCUCGCUGAUCUCCAGCGACAUGCCCUAUUCGGGGAGGAAGGUCACCACCGGGUCCUGGAGGUUCUGCGCUCCAGGUGGAGCGGAACAGAGCUUUGCGCUCAGCUCGGUCCACCUCACGAGCGAGGCCAACGAUUGGAAGCCGCGAAUGGAGCAGCUGGGCUUCUUGGACUCCAGGGUGGGCCCGACCACGACACCUCGGUCAUCGUCGGCGACUUCAACUUCUUGUUCAAGCGCGAGGAGAAGGCGAUCGAAUCCAACGGCUACACGGACGUGUGGCAUGAGCUGCAUCCCACCGACCCCGGCACCACCUUUGACAGUACCAUCAACCACCACGCCGCCAGCACCACCAUGCCCAACUUUGCUGCGCGCCUCGACCGAGUGA